AUGUCUGCAGUACGCAAUCUUAACAACACAGACGUUGGGGGAAGACCACUACGGAUCGACUUGGCCGACUCGGAUCCGUUCCUUGAAGGCAAGACGACCGUGCGUGGCGAAAUAGUCGAUGGGGGGAUGCCUGGACCGUCUGAAAAUAGGUGGCGGUCUGACGAUCGACGAGGGGAUGAUAGAAACCGCAGAGACCCGAAUGCAUUUUUAUCAGGUUUACCCACAGGAGUGGCCGUGCCCCCCGGGCAGACUUCUCUUGACGUUAUUAGCAACGUACUCGCAAACAUGGCUCCAAAUUCGCUUGUUGAAGUGCUUGCCCAGAUGAAGGCGUUCGUUAUUAAUCACCCCGACCAAGCUAGGGCGUUACUCGUUGCUCACCCCCAAUUGGCAUAUGCGUUAUUCCAGGCAUUAGUACUAAACAACAUCGUCGACCCAGCAAUAUUACAGCGCAUGUUGAGUGCAACCACAUCUGGAUCGGCUGCACCUCCGCCACCACAGGCACCCUCAGCACCAGCCGUUCCUCCCCACGUACCACACAUGCCCCCGCCUCCCCAUCUCCCAAACUUUCCCCCGCAACACCAACCUUACGCCGCGCCGCAAAUGCCUCCAGCCUCGACACCCAGAUACCCUCCCCCACCUCCAAUGCCAGUGCCUCCGCCAUCAGCAAUGUUUGCGCACCAGCCACCGCUGCAACAACCAGCGCCGCAGAUCUCACCGUACUAUCGCCCGCCUCCGCCCGCCCCGUCGGCAACGCCCCCCGCUCGUGCGCCUCAGGUCCCUGCACUACCAGAUAUGGACGAAGCCCAGAAAAACAUGUUAUUGCAAGUCCUCAGCAUGACUCAAGAACAAAUAAAUGCCCUACCACCGACGGAGCGCAAUGCCAUCCAACAGCUGCGGAGUCAACUUGGCGGUGGCAUUCCUACAUGA